AUGAGAGUCAAUUCAAAAGAACUUGGGUGUGUAUCUCCCUCUUGGAAUUCGUCUUUUGAAGGCAUCCUCUAUUGGAAACAAAAAGUAGAUUCGCGAUUAAAGCGUGGCUGUGUUUUUUCUGAACACUGGUGCCGGUUGAAGGGAAAUAUUUUGAUUCUUUGCCGUUCUCCAGAUAGAACGAGCAAUGAAAUCUCAGGUGUGGUACUGUUAGAGCGUUUCACUGUGUCGCGUACUAGAGAUGAAGAAAUAUCCUAUUCAUUUCGUUUAGAUUUUGAUUCCGGUGAUAAACCUCUUGUAUUUGUCGCUCGUUCUGAAGAUGAGGCAGAGAAGUGGUGUCACCACCUUAACAAGGCACAACUGGCACCUAGGUUACGGCGUUUUACUUUGCUUCGUGAUGAAAUACGGAGAAUCACAGGAUCUGAUCCACUGGAAGCUGGAUUUUCUAGUAAUUCAGUUACCCCACCAACUAUCGUUGAGGAAGGUUCAUUGAAUGACGAGGGACUUGAAGUUAUGUUGAAAUGCCUGAAUAUUGGAGAUAUGACGCAUCCUAAUGAGCUUCCUAAUACUUGUCUAUUUGUUUCUGUAUCAACUUCACUAAAGAAUAGUUGGACUCCAGUUGGGGCAACUGAGAUAAUUGAAUGCUCUCGGAACCCAAUCUUUUCGAAAACAAUAUUUCUGCGCCACGAUUUAAUUGAUGAGAACAAUUCAAUACGAUUUAGUUUAUUUGAUAUUAAAGAUGUAAAAUCAAAUGUAAGCGCUUUAAUCGGUGAAACAAUUACAACAUUAAAAGUAUUAUUGGAUAGUUCAUCUCUUCUAUUACCAUUACGUGAUGAUUGCUCUACAAUACCUGUAAAGUAUGAAGGUUUAGAGACGACUUUUCCAUCAAUAAUUGUACAAUCAAGGAAACAGAAGUCAUUAGAUCCCACAGCAGCUAAGGUUGAUGCUAAUAUGUUGUCAUUACGUUCAGUAUGUGAUAAUCUAUUGUCUAAACGAUAUAAAUUCCAAGAUUCAAUGGGUGAGACAAUGCAUAUUAUUGAAUUUAUGGGUGAAUCAAAGCUAUGCUAUGCUUUUCCGAUAGAAUAUCUAAAAACCUUAAUUCAGUCAGAAUAUUUGAUAUAUGACUCUUUAUCUCGAACUGGAUCGUCGAAACCUGUUAUUGAAAGCUUACGAAAAGAACGAAUGAUUAGCAUGAAACAAACAUUGGAACGAUAUGAAGCUAAUUUAAGGAAUUUAGUUGAUUACACUGGUCCUCUAUUCAAAUCAUCUAAUGAACGUGCUAAUCCUCGCUAUGAUUUUGUUCCGACCAAUCUUCACGUAAAUCAGAUAGCUUUAACAGAUGUAGACGGCCAACUAGUCUCCUCGCAUAAUAUAAUAUCUGUUGGUGCAUUUUCAUUGGCUUCUCGACGUUAUAAAUCUGGUGGUUUAUUUCGUAUGGCAUUCGAUACUAUGAUUACACCAACACGUACAUAUCCACCUUCAGAAUUAUCUUAUUUAAAUAUAUCAUCGGAAUCACCCGUAGCUUCUUCUACAUGUCUUUUAAAUACAAAACCAAUUGGUAAAGCUAUGGAUUUAUUAUAUCGUGGAACACAUUCUAUUGCUUUAUUAAGAUCUGAUUUAGCUGGUCUUAUUCAAAGAUUAAACGCACCUGGACAGGCUGAACCAUUAGCUCAACGUUUGCAAAAAACUGUAUCUUCUAUACAGUGGAUAUUUUCAGAUAAAUUAUUAUCUAACUUAAAUGUUUUACCAGUUGUUUCAUGUGAUUUCGAAGUGAUCAUCACUUUACUUACACAAUUAUCAUCAGUAGAAAUAAUGAAAUCAAAUUCUCAAUUAUCACAACCCAAUGAUCAUGUAAUAAUUAUAAAUAAAAAGAAAAAUGAAUCUCGUGAAAAUUUACUAGAUUCUUUAGAUAAAGCUGGUCAAAAAUUAUCUAUUACGUUGGAACGUAUAUGGGAAAGUGCAGCAUCAGUGCUAUGGGAUCAUGUCUUGUCAGGUCUUGCAGAUUUAUCAAAUCAACAAACUCUUUCUGUUAGUAAAGAAAGUAGUGGUAAUUAUUCUGAUUUAAUUGCUGAAGCAGAACGUUCCGCUUAUCCUAAUAUGUUACCAAUAAAUGACAAUGUACUUACUGCUGUUUCAAUUAUUCAAGAUUCAUUCAAUUAUCGACAUCAUGCAUGUGUUUGUCAGCUAUUAACCGCGGUUCUUACGGCGUUGUCAGUGCAUAUACCCCGGUGGGAUCGCAAAGAUUGGGAACAAGCUGCUGUAUGUGGUGUCCUAGCUCAGUUUGAAGGCCUUCUAAGUUGUUAUGGUGACGAACAAGGAAUGAUUGAGGAUUGGGCAUGGGCAAUUGAUUAUUUAUUGACGUAUCGUGUUACACUUCGUCCAUCUGGUAACUUCUCUGAUUCCGUAAUUGAUACGAGUGGAAGAAAUUCCGAGGAUACUGACUUGAAUGUUCCUACCUCGAAUCGCUCUGAUACUGAAGAAUUUCAUAUGGAUUUCAAAGUCACAAGAUUGAACGAAUGCGAGCUUGCUGUUCCUUGGAGAUCAUGGGUUCAUGCUCCUUCAGAAAUUCAAGCUCGUGGUCGUGUUCGAAUUCGUUUACAUCCUGUCUCAUUUGUAGUCGGAAUCAAUGAACUACAAUCAGUUGCUGAAACUUUAGAUAAAACUGCUGUGCAAAACGCGGUAAACAAUCAUGGCUUAACAUCUUUACGCGCUUAUUUCAAUCGAUAUACAAAACAUUUUGGCGCUCCAGGUCGAACUGUUUCAAAUCAAGAUGUCUGGGAUUUACUCACAGAUAUUACACAUCAUCUUUCUACACCUGUUCGUUCAAAACCAGUUGAAGUGUUACAGUUAGCAUCAGAAAUUACUCAAGCAUUUCAUGGUUUACGAAUAACAACUUGUAAAUCAGCUAAAGAUCGUACAGCUAUGUCUGUUACUUUGGAACAAAUCCAGUGGUUGAAAAGUGAAGGUAUGCAUGAAAGUUGUUUUACUAAAGCUCUUCAAUGUAUUCGAAGCACUGGUCUACGUUUAGAUAAUGUAAUGAAAAACACUGGUAAACGUAAAUACGCGUUCAAUCGUCUCCAGCUAUUAUCAUUUCCAAGAUUGUAUAAACCACCAAUGGGAACAUAUUCUACAAAUGUAUCAUCUUAAUAUAUAUCGUCGAUAACAGAUUUAUUCAGCAAUCAAUUUGAUUGAUUCGACACUGAUUCUUAUUUUUCCUAUCUACUUUUCUCUAUUCUCAUUUUAUCAUUGAUGAAAACAAAACAGAGAGUCAUUCUUUCUUUUGAUAUUUGAACAAUCAAUUUAUCUUUAAGUGGAGUAUAAGUAUGUUUCAAUAUUAUUAUUAUUAUUAUUAUUAUUAUUAUUAUUAUUAUUAUUAUCAUUACUAUUGCUAACAAAAUAAUAAGGAUAAUACUUUAUUGAUGAUAACUGACUUUGUAGUCACGAUUUCUUUUUUCAAAUUUUCGUCUUUCCUAACCUUAUUCUUUCCUUUGUGUCAUUGUGUUUUGUAAAAAAGAAAAGUCUCCUUUAUUCAUUUCAUAAAAGACUUAUUAUUUACUACUAAUUUUGAUUGUAUAGAUGUAUUUAUACUGUUUCUUUGAUAAUUAUGAUGACAAUGAUGAUUGAAUUCAUUCACAUUCAUUAAUCUAUACUUUAUUCAUUGAUGUAUGUUUGUUAUAUUCUUAAGAAAUAAUUACUUAUUCUACUUUAUUUCACGCAAUGUGUAAUUAAUGUCGGUAACUACUACUCUUAAUAUGUUGUGCAUAGAUACAUGUUGAGACGAUAAACGUAUAUUGAGUUCAUUUUUAUUCUUUUUUCAUAACAUGAUAUAAGUGUUUAUAAGUAGAAGAUGAACUGUUAUUAAACAAUAUGAUAAAUAUUUCAAUGUACAAUAAUUUCUCAAUUGUCUCCAGUUCAUGAUUUAAAACAAAAAACAUUCUUAAAUCAUCUUUGAGAAUUUUUUUUUGAAUUUAUUUAUUUUUGAUAUUCUAUUGAAUGUCGACAAUGACGUGACUAGAUGUUAAAUUUUCUAGUGUGAAGUUAUUAAUUAUUCAAAAUGAUAUUUUAGUUUUUCGUAUUUUUUCGGAGAAAAAUACAUUUUUUGUUUUAAAUAUCAAAAAUGUUAGACACAUGUUAAUGAAUAUAAAAGAAAACUACAUACAUUGUAAAAAAUUACUAGAUAAUUGUAAUUAUGAAGUUGAAUAAAAUAAUGUCAAAUGUAUUCAAGUAUAGUAAUAUCUAAACAAUAUAGUCGGGAAAUAAAAUAGAAAAAAAACGAAAGAUUAAUUGAAUCAAUGUGGUGAAGAGUGUGACUUUUUUGAGAGAAAUUUGCAAGAUUACUGGUUGUUUCGUCAGAUUGUCAAAGUGAAAAUGAUAAAAAUAGAUUUCAUUUACAACUAUCAAUACUAGUUGCAAUGAAUGUUG